AUGUCUAAUAAUGACUUAAUUAAAUGGGUCACGAGUGAUGUUGAUUUCUAUGACUUACUGGGAACUCACUUUGAAGCACCUGAGACAGAGAUCCGCCGCGCUUAUCGAAAAACCGCUCUCAAAUAUCAUCCUGACAAGGUAGGUAAGGAUUUUGACCCAGCCAAGUAUGAGCUUUUCCAAGCGGCGUAUGAGGUGCUCAUUGAUCCGUCUUUGAAAUCCCAAUAUGACAACUACCGCAACGCAAAAAUCUUAAAGAAGCGUGCAAAUGAUUUAUUUGACAGUAAGAGAAAACAGAUGAAGGAGGAUCUCGAAGCGCGAGAAAAAAAUGGGUUCUCGGGACCAUCUAAGAGACCUCGGAAUGAGGAUAUUCACUCUGAAUCAGAAUUAGAGUUGAAGAGAUUAGCAGAGGAGGGUCGAAAAAGAAGAGCUGCAAGAGCAAAGCUUGUGGCAGAGAAUUCGGCUCCAACCCAGGCACCUGAAAAGCUGGUCACCACGCCAGCUCAUAUGGCCGAGCCUCUUGCGAGACAAACUGAAGAAGAUGAGAUCGAACGACUUGAAAAAAAGAUACGAGAAGUUGCGGAUGCAAAAGCCAAGCGUAGGGCAGAAAGGAAGGUCAAGAGAACAGUAGAGGAUAAAACGGCCUCAUUGAAAAAAGAUUUGAAUACUUUAAAGGAGCCAAAUUCCACAGAAGAGCCCGCUACAUCGAAAAAAAAUUCCCCAGCCCAUAAGUCAUCGUCAGAAAGAAAACCAGAUUUUUCAGUAACCAUGGCAAGGUUGAAGGCAGCACAACAAUCACGAUUACAAUCCAAGGAAAGCAAGCAAGAGCUGGAAGGAGUUUGA